AUGUUCUGUGGAGAUAAGCGGGUGUUAGCAUUCAUCGUGACGGUUGCCGUGAGCGCGACCGCAGCUGCAACAUAUGUGAUGGUGCGUGCUCUCAUUGAGAUGAAAGGGAUUGCAAUACCCAUCCACACGGACGGCACGACUAUAUGUGUCCCGACCAACAUCAGAAGUGACCUCUACGCCUUUUGGAUACCGAUGCUCGUCGCAGAAAUCACAUACUGUGCACUCGCGCUCUACCGCGGCUUCCAUAGGUUCCGGGGCGAAAGGAGCAUCCUCAAAAUUCUCAUCCGCGAUUCGCUCUACUACUUCAUCAUCAUCUUCGCCACCUAUCUCACCAACACACUCAUUUUCCUUCUCCGACCGAGCUCGGAAGUAGAGAUCCCCAUCGGGUUUUCCGUCGCGCUCUCGAGCGUCAUGGCCUCCCGGAUGUGCCUCAACCUCCACCGCCACGUCCACCGGCGCGACGAAGACCUCGACUCCUCCUCCUUCCUGUCCAUCGCGCCCGCCGACGCCGCGCAAUCCCCCGCGCGCUCCCACCCCGCCUCGCCGCUCUUCCCGGCGGGCGAGUCGACAAAGACCCUGUCGCUGUCGUUCGAUUCCUCUCGACUGUACCAGCAGGUGGACGGCGGCCGCGAGGGCCACGGUCAAGAGCAAGAGCACCACUAUGGGCGCGCGGUGGAGGAUGAGGAUUUCUACCAGCUGCUGGAGAGCAUAGACCUGCAAGAGCUGCGCCCAGUCCCCCCGGCGCUGGCAGAGGUGACUUCCGGGGCGGGCACUUGUUCUGCGGCGAAAUUUCCCCGGGGCGGUCAGCUUACUUUCCGGAAGAUGGGAUGUUUGGGGACCGCGGCUAACUUGCCGUGGUCUCAACCCUUUGGAUCCUAA